AGCGUCUGUAGACAGCAAGAACACACGCACGCAGUCACACCAAGUACACAAACAAAACAAAAAAACAUCCACUCACAUACGGGAUGCGGACUCCGGAGGCCUCCCGUGGAUCCUCGCUGUUCCUGCUGCUGCUGCUCCUCACCUGGGUGUGCACUGAGGGCUACAGGCCGGUCAUCAUCGUGCACGGCAUCUUCGAUGGACCCAAACAGUUCCAAACUCUGGCGCUCUUCAUUAGUAAGGUGCAUCCCGGCACAGAGGUGACGGUGGUGGACGUGUACAAGAACAUGGGCAGCAUCCAGCCAUUGUGGAAGCAGGUGGAAGGCUUCCGGAAGGUCAUUGAGCCUGUCAUGAGGCAGACUCGUGACGGCGUUCACCUUCUGUGUUUCUCCCAGGGUGGUCUUAUUUGUCGAGCACUUCUCUCCACCACACCCGACCACAACGUUCACACUUUCAUCGCGCUGUCCUCGCCCCUGGCAGGCCAAUAUGGAGACACAGACUAUCUUCAUCAGGUGUUCCCUGACAGCGUGAAGAAAAGCGUCUUUGUCAUUUGCUACAACAGAGUCGGACAGGAAGUGUCCAUCUGCAACUACUGGAACGAUCCUCAUCACAGGUCCAGUUACUUGAAAAACAACAACUUCCUGCCGCUGCUCAACGGCGACAGACCUCACAAAGAGACGCAAGCCUGGAGGGACAACUUCCUGCGCAUUAAGAAGCUGGUGCUGAUCGGAGGACCCGACGACGGCGUCAUCACCCCGUGGCAGUCCAGCCAUUUUGGAUUCUAUGACAACAAAGAGCACGUCGUGGAAAUGAGGAACCAGGAGUUUUACAGGAAUGACACGUUCGGACUGAAGACACUGAACACCCGUGGAGAUGUGUCGCUGUGCCUCCACUCGGGAGUGAAGCACACCCACUGGCACUCCAACUUCACAGUGUUCAGCAGCUGCAUCCAGAAGUGGCUGACUUGACAUCAACGCAUCUUCACGCUCUGAGAGGAAGACUCUCGAUCGCACUGCGUGAACUUCAAUGCCGCCAACAUGGAUGCACGUGAUUGAUACUGUACAACAGGGGUGUCCAAAGAGCAAUCCAGGGGGCCAUUUGCAGCCCGUGGAUGUAUUUUUAUUGGCCCGCGGUACAUUAUAAAAAUUUAAUUUAACAAGAAAACAGCACAUGUCUAUACUAUGUGCCCUGUGAUUGGCUGCCGACCAGUCCAGGGUGUACCCCGCCUCUCGCCCCAAGACACCUGGGAUAGGCUCCAGCACCCCCGCAACCCUCGUGAGGAAAAAGCGGUAGAAAAUGAAUGAAUGAAUGAAUGAAGAAAACAGCACAAAUGAAAAAAUCAACACUCAUCACUUUUACAAGAUUAAAGUCAAAAUACCAAAAGAAAAAAGCAGGAAAAGUCAUUUAAUGAGCAUCACAGCAUUAAAAGGAAAAUAUUGUCAUUUUAAUAGUGUAAAGUUGAAAUAUUAAAGAAAAUUUAUUAAUUUAAUUUUUGUAAUAUUAUGAAAAACAAAACACAGCAACAAUUAGGUUAAGAAAAAGUUAUAAUAAUUAAAUUAUUAAAUUAAAUGACAAAAUAAUUUUUUUAAACAGUUUUACUAUUAUAUUUCCUCAUAAUAUUACAAGUGUUUUCUCAGGAAUCCUUAACUAUUUUUGUUAGAAUACAACAUUCAUUCAUUAUCCCUCACGAGGGUCGCAGCUGGAGCCUAUCCCAGCGAGAGGAUAGCACACAUAUAGACAAACAACCAUUCACACUCACAUUCAUACCUAUGGACAAUUUGGAGUGGCCAAUUAACCUAGCAUGUUUUUGGGAUUGAACUCGGGUCUCCUUGCUGUGAGGUCUGCGCGCUAACCACUCGACCGCCAUGCAUCCAGAAUACAACAUAUUUCUCUUAAUAUUUUUAUCUCAUUCUCAUAAAAUUACAGAUGUUUUUGCCAUUUCUGUUUUAUUUUGUAAUUUUCCAUUUCCAUUUAAAAAAUCUUCUUGGGAUAUUAUGGCUUUAUUGUAUAACAAUUAGACUUUGCCUCAACCACUUUUUUUUUUUUAAAAAAAGACAAUUAUUUUUGCUUGUUUUUCAUAAUGUAGUAACAAAAUAAAAAAAUCUAUACAUUUUUUGGGUUAUUUGUCCUCAUAAUAAAUGUAAAAUGACCACUGAUUUUUGGUGUUUUUCCUUGUUAAAUGAUAAUUUCCAUAUUUGGACACCCCUGACUAUACAUCAAUUUUACUGCAGUUUCAUUCGUAGUUAUGAAUAAUUUAGACAUUUGUGCAAUAUGUUCUUUUACACCACAAUCGGCGGUGGUGUUAUACUUCUUGAUAUUAACAAAAAAUGUAAUUUAGAGUGAUUUGCACACGCUCCUUUGAAGUCUAAAAAGUACACAAUGGUUAAAAAAAAUACACAUUUUCUUACGUUGUUUUCUACAUUUUGUUCAGAGGCUAACCUGCGUUGUACCUGUAUCAACA